AUGAGGAAAGGAGACAAGAGAAAGAGAAGCCAGAAAGAUAGCAAAGAAGAAGAAACUGAUGCUCCUGCUGCAGACAACCAUAAAGCCACCGAAUCGACCAAACCACCUACUAGAGCUAAGCGGGUCAAGGCAUCCAAACCUGUACCCGAACCCGAAUACUUCGAGGACCAGCGCAACUUUGAAGAUUUAUGGAAGCAAGUAUUCCCCGUUGGUACAGAGUGGGAUCAAUUGGAGAAGGUUUACGGAUUUAACUGGAAUUUCUCUAAUCUAGAGGAUGCAUUUGAAGAAGGAGGUGUUUUACAUGGGAAGAGAGUUUACCUUUUUGGGUGUACCGAGCCUCAACUGGUCCCUUUCAAGGAUGAUAGUGUAUUAAUCUACGUUCCUGCAGUGGUGGCGGUUGUAUUUCCUUUCCCUCCUUCUGAUAAGAUUGGAAUUAAGUCAGUUCAGAGGGAAGUUGAAGAAAUAAUUCCCAUGAAACAAAUGAAAAUGGAUUGGGUUCCUUAUAUACCUUUGGAAAACAGGGCUGCUUUGAAACAUUUGAAGAUAGAUCGGAUCAAGAAAUAUGAGUACUGCUUACCUUAUUUUUACAACCCCUUUAAGGAAGAUGAGCUUGAGCAGAGCACUGAGGUUCCAAUUAUUUUCCCAGCAGAACCAAAGCCGGUUUUCUGUGAAUUCGAUUGGAAAUAUGAUAAACUUGAGGAGUUCGCUGAUAUGAUGAUUGAGGAUGGGGACUUAUCUGAAGAUCAAAAGGAUGCCUUUAAGGAAUUUGUUAAAGGGAAAGUUCUAGAAGCCAGGAAAGCUUAUCAAGAGGCAAAGGAAGCCAGGAGAAAGGCCUUGGAAGAAAUGAAUGAGGAAACUAGACAGGCUUUUGAGAAUUUGAGGUUUUACAAGUUCUAUCCUGUGCAAACGCCUGAUACACCUGACUUAUCAAGAGUGAAGGCAUCAUUCAUAAACAGGUAUUAUGGGAAGGCUCACGAGGUUCUAUGA